CUUGACUAUCUCAUCGCUAAACUCUUUUGUCUUGAGACAUCCCAUGAUGACCGGACAAUACCAGAGGCUCCCGACAGAUGAAGAAGCGCUCAAAGCUCUAAACCCACAGACGAUCAGCAAUGACCCUUCCGGAAACCAAAGCUGGGUCAGGAGAACCCUACAACGUCUUACAAGCUGCGAAUGCAUCAGCUUCAGUCUUCUCAUGGGGCUGCUAUUCUUCAUAGCGCUAUUCGUCUUGAUCAUCAAGGGGUUGACGGUCCUCGUAGAGGAUGCUCGCGCACCCAGUCCAAUCGCAGGCACUGAAUUAAGCAACAGUACUACUACGGAGUGGGACGAGUGUCCUGCAGCAGUCGUUUGGAGUGGCUUAGUGCAUGUUCUUAUACUCUUGCAAGCCUGUUUUCUCCUUAUAUUCAAGUUCUCGUUCUCGACGCGUCGUACAACCGACCUUCUCAUCCGUAAAUCGCUCCGCGCAUACCCCGUUCUGCUCGUCGUCGGUUUCUGCAUACUGGUCCUGUACGGCGGCCACUGUUCAGACUCUGCGCCAGGUACUUUUGCAUUUACAGCUUGGACCGAAGCGCUAGUCAUCGUGCCAUCUAUAAUCGCCUAUCAAAUUGGGAUGGACGAGAUGCGCUUAGAUCCCAAGGAUGACACAAUUAUGCUCGAGGAGCUUGAUAGCCUCUACCGCACAGAAUCCUCCAUGGACUACCUACGUAUACCAGCACAGGUCCACAUCAGACUCCCCACUGACAACGAGAUCCCACAAGAACAGGAAGUUGACACGACACACUCUGAAUCAGAUUUACCCGGUCACUCACCCGUUGCAAUCAUAGCCCCAGCUUGCGCAACUGAGGAUAUGCUAGACGAAGAACAGUGGCACUUGGCGCUGAACCCGCAACAGCCUGGUGCACCGUCCGGGGCCGAACAACAACAGCGGUCCAACGCUAAUACGAGCUCCAAGCCCGGACAACCCAAACCAACCAAACCCUCCUGGUUUGCGCUCAUAAUGGAAUUUCUCUUCCUUGUCGCAGUCUGCGCUCUGAUCGUUAAGGCCGACAUAGCAUUCGUAAAGGAUGCCCAGACCCUCGUUCCAGUGGAUGGGGACGAAGGUACCCAACUGAAGGACCAAUUCAUCACUUGGCCCCUCCUCACCAAAUUCUUCCAUCCCUACCCAAUCCUCUUCAUGCUCGGCAUUUGCAUCGGGAUCAUCUACGGAGGCACAUGCUAUCAAGCCGCUCACAACGUCUUCGCAUUCUCCGCCUGGACGGAGGUGAUCGUCUUCUUGUUGUCUGUGGUUUAUGUGUUAUUCAAGGCUUGCCCGACCUAA